UCCUUUUAUGACCCAAGCCCCCAGCUGUUUCCUUUUUCGUGUUUGAAUUUCAUCACCAUCAUCAUCAAGAAGCAAGCUUUCUCAUGAAACUAAAUGAAUCAAGCAAUGGAAGAAACAGGAGAGCACCAUGGCAGCAAGAAAUACAAUACCAAAUCCGGGGCUUUCAAAGGCUUGAUAAACAACCCUCAUGGGCAUCCAUUGCUGCAAUACUCAACUGAUCCCUUCCAUGGCUACUCUUACUAUCCUGCUCCUUUGCCUCCUCCAAUACCUUUGCAGCUUGCUUUAAUCCCACCUCUCUUUCAAAACCAAACCUUUCGGACAAAACCCCAUUUGCUGAAGGAUCUUUCAUGUGAGGCUAAUGGUCUUCCUAUUGCCACCUCCUCUAUUUCUGAUACACAAUUACCAGUUCUAACAAUGGCACCACCAGCUCCAGAGGGGAUUCAAUGGAGGAAAAAUUUGCCAUCUAAAGCAAGUGAUGGAAGAAAGUUGAGUACUAGUACUAAAAAGGCAGCACUGGUGAUUGUAAAGAGACCAGAUUUUGGUGGUGUAGAAGGGCCAGUCAUUUCUCUCCUUGCCAACCAUUUCCUUGUAAAAUUUGAUCCUUCUCUGAAAAUUUACCAUUACAAUGUUGAGAUAUCUCCAAAUCCUUCCAAGGAUGUUGCUAGAAUGAUCAAAGAGAAACUGGUGGAAACCAACUCUGGUUUGUUUUCUGGUGCUCGUCCAGCAUAUGACGGUAGAAAGAAUUUAUAUAGUCCUAUUGAAUUCGAAAGUGAUAAGCUCGAGUUCUUUGUUAGUCUUCCGAUUCCCACUGUGAAUUCGGGUUUGCCUCUCGGGGAAACGAACGGCUUCGAACGGAACCGGAAUCAGCUCAAAGUGUUUCGAGUUAAUAUCAGGCAUGUCUCCAGGUUUGAUGGAAAGGAUUUGAGUAGCUACAUAAGCAAUGAAUGUGACGAUUGGAUCCCACUCCCUCAAGAUUAUCUACAUGCUUUGGACGUUGUUCUUAGGGAGAGUCCAAUGGAGAAGUGUAUAUCUGUAGGUAGAUCGUUUUAUUCGAGUUCGAUGGCAGGUACUAAGGAAAUCGGAGGAGGAGCUAUCGGAUGCAGAGGUUUCUUUCAGAGUCUUCGACCGACACAACAAGGGCUCGUUCUCAAUGUUGAUUCCUCCAUCACUGCCUUCCAUGAGAGUAUUGGAGUAAUCCCUUACUUGCAGAAGCGUAUAGACUUCCUUGGAGACCUUACUCAAUGGAAAACGAGGAGCUUAUCCAAUGAAGAAAGGAAAGAAGUGGAGAAGGCAUUGAGGAAUAUCCGAAUUUUCGUUUGCCAUAGAGAAACGGUCCAGAGAUAUCGAGUUUACGGCUUAACAGAAGAAGCUACCGAAAACCUUUACUUUGCAGACAGGGAUGGGAAGAAAUUGAAGCUUGUGAAUUACUUCAAGGAUCACUAUAAUUACUAUAUACAAUUCCGGAAUUUGCCAUGCUUGCAGAUCAGUAGGAGCAAACCAUGCUAUCUUCCAAUGGAGCUUUGUAUGAUUUGUGAAGGCCAGAAAUUUCUUGGGAUGCUUUCUGAUGAUCAGACUGCAAGGAUUCUUAAGAUGGGUUCUCAGACACCGAAAGAACGAAAAGCCAUGAUCGAACGAAUCGUGAAGGGACCGGCAGGGCCUACAAGUGGCAACCAGGCUGAAGAAUUCAAACUCCAUGUUUCGAGAGAAAUGACUCGGUUGAAGGGGAGAAUUCUUCAACCUCCCAAACUUAAGCUCGGCGACGGUGGACACAUAAGAGAUAUCAUUCCUUCCCGCCGGGACCGGCAGUGGAACCUUCUCAACAGCCAUGUCUUUCAGGGUACGAGGAUCGAACGUUGGGCACUUAUAAGUUUCGGAGGCAGCCAAGAACAAAAGUCCAACAUUCCUAAAUUCACAAACCAGCUAUCUCAAAGGUGUGAGCAGCUUGGUAUCUUCCUUAACAAAAGCACAGUUGUCAGCCCCCGGUUUGAAUCAACACAGGUGCUUAACAAUGUGACCCUCUUGGAAUCUAAGCUCGAGAAAAUCCAUAGAGCUGCCUCGAACAAUCUCCAACUGCUCAUAUGUAUAAUGGAGAAAAAGCACAAAGGGUAUGCGGAUUUGAAGCGAAUAGCCGAGACAAGCGUUGGAAUCGUGAGCCAGUGUUGCUUGUACCCGAACCUUGGGAGAUUGAGUUCACAAUUUCUGGCAAAUUUAGCCCUUAAGAUCAAUGCCAAAGUCGGAGGUUCCACUGUUGCAUUGUACAACUCAUUACCUUCUCAGAUUCCACGAAUUUUCAGGCCAGAUGAGCCUGUGAUCUUCAUGGGAGCCGACGUGACUCAUCCUCACCCGCUCGAUGAUUGCAGCCCCUCAGUUGCUGCUGUGGUUGGUAGCAUGAACUGGCCCGCAGCGAACAAGUAUGUAUCGAGAAUGAGAUCACAAACGCAUCGGCAAGAAAUCAUUCAGGAUCUUGCUGCAAUGGCAGGGGAGCUACUCGAUGAUUUCUACCAAGAAGUAAACAAGCUACCCGAGAGAAUAAUCUUCUUUCGAGACGGUGUAAGCGAAACACAAUUCUAUAAGGUGCUUAAAGAGGAACUACAAGCUGUUAAAGAGGCUUGUUCAAGAUUUCCGGAUUAUAAUCCUCCCAUUACUUUUUCUGUAGUUCAGAAGAGGCAUCACACAAGGUUGUUCCAAUCCGAAACCGAUCCUUCUUCCAAUCAGAACCAACCAUCCGAAGAAAACAUUCCUCCCGGGACCGUAGUCGAUACGGUGAUAACUCAUCCUAGGGAAUUCGAUUUCUAUCUCUGUAGUCAUUGGGGAGUAAAGGGUACUAGCCGACCGACACAUUACCACACAUUGUGGGAUGAAAACCAAUUCACUUCGGACGAACUGCAGAAGCUGGUUUACAAUCUGUGCUACACUUUUGCAAGGUGUACCAAACCAGUUUCCUUGGUGCCUCCGGCAUACUACGCUCACUUGGCUGCAUAUAGAGGCAGACUGUACCUCGAGCGAUCGGAAACCGUAGCUUUCACUAGAAAUUCUAAAGCAAUGUCGCGUGCAACUCCUCCGAAGGCUACACCUCUACCGAAACUAAGUGAGAAUGUUAAGAAGCUCAUGUUUUACUGCUAGCUUAUCAGACUCCUUGCAUGUGUAGUGCAGUGCAUGAAAAUCUACGUAUAUAUAUAUAGGCCAACAAUAUAUAAGGUUUAUGUAUGCAUGUAUGUAUAUGUAUCAUAGCAGCAAGACAAAAGGGAUAAGCUCAAUGAUCAUUUUAU